GCCAGGUGUCUACAGCCUCCGGGGAGAGCCCCACUUCUUUAUGAUGUGAUCGAUCAUGGUUCAUUCUCCACUCAUACAAUACGCUGACUUCAAGAGGUGAUAGGGCAGCUGCUGUCUGCUUAUCAUUCCUGCUUUGGCGCUCUUUCUGUGGGCAAGUGAAUUGUAAGAGAGCGUAUCCCUAGAGCUUUCUUAUACCUCAUUUGCAUUUGAUCAUUAAGGAGAUCUUUGGGAAUAUCAAACCUCCAUGUACGACAAUUUGUACCAGCAUGGAUUCGAAGACUCUGAGGCGGGUUCAGCUGACUCCUACACAAGCAGGCCCUCUGACUCAGAUGUCUCUCUUGAUGAGGAACAGGGAGGUCAGCAGGAGAAAGAGCAGCAGGCCACCGUCCAGCUGGAGAGGGCGAAGGCUAAAGCAGUGGCCUUUGCCGUGAGGACAAACGUCAGCUACUGUGGUGCUCUGGAUGAGGAUGUCCCUGUCGCUGGCACUGCUAUUUCCUUUGAUGCUAAAGAUUUUCUUCACAUAAAGGAGAAGUACAACAAUGACUGGUGGAUUGGGCGACUGGUGAAAGAAGGUUGUGAUAUCGGCUUCAUUCCCAGUCCUGUAAAACUGGAGAACAUUCGCCUACAACAGGAGCAAAAAAGGAGCCGCUUCCAUGGGAAGUCCAGUGGGAACUCCUCCUCCAGUCUGGGUGAAAUGGUGUCAGGCACAUUAAAGCCCAACCCUCCUUCUGCAGGAAAGCAGAAACAGAAAUUGGCCGAGCACAUUCCUCCAUAUGAUGUGGUCCCCUCCAUGAGGCCGGUGGUCUUAGUUGGCCCAUCACUUAAGGGCUAUGAGGUGACAGAUAUGAUGCAGAAAGCACUCUUUGACUUCCUGAAACACAGGUUUGAAGGCAGGAUUUCAAUCACGAGAGUAACUGCAGACAUUUCUUUAGCAAAGAGAUCUGUGCUGAAUAAUCCCAGUAAGAGAGCCAUCAUCGAGAGAUCCAACACCAGAUCCAAUUUAGGUGAGGUUCAGAGCGAGAUAGAGCGGAUCUUUGAAUUAGCCAGAUCCCUUCAGCUGGUUGUACUGGAUGCAGAUACAAUCAACCAUCCAGCCCAGCUCAUCAAAACCUCUUUAGCUCCCAUUAUCAUCCAUGUCAAAGUGUCUUCUCCAAAGGUAUUGCAGCGGCUAAUCAAAUCACGAGGAAAGUCUCAGAGCAAGCAUUUAAACGUGCAACUGGUUGCAGCAGACAAAUUAGCUCAGUGUCCUCCAGAAAUGUUUGACAUUAUUUUGGAUGAGAACCAGCUUGAGGAUGCAUGUGAACACCUAGCUGAGUACCUAGAGGCCUACUGGCGUGCAACUCACACAUCCCUCAGCACUCCCCUGAACCCUCUACUGGGCCGCAACCUGGGCUCCACUGCGCUGUCUCCAUAUCCAACAGCCAUCUCUGGACUACAGAGACAAAGAAAUAAAAACAGCAAUCAUGUCACUGACCACUCUCCAGUGGAAAGGUGCAGCUUGAUGACCUCUGAUGAAAACUAUCACAACAACGAACGGCAAAAGAAAAGUCAUAACCGCCUGUCCUCCAACUCCCAGCAAAGUCGUGACCACUACCCUCUGGUAGAGGAGGACUACCAAGAUCCCUAUCAAGAUGCAUACAAACCCCACCGCAACAGGGGCUCUCCCGGGGCCUACAGUAACGACUCACGGCAUAGACUCUAAAUUAAUAUCCAAGAGUUCUGAGAUAACUCUCAUGUAAUUGUGUAAGCCCGUUUCUGAAAAUCCAGUGCAAUACAGGUCCUCACCCAUGAGGCUGUCUCAAUUAAAAACAGAAUCCGAGCAACCUGGUCCAUCUAGGUAAGACCACUGUUCGCAGCCCAUGCAUAUCUAUUGUAAGGCAGUUUGUAUUGUAAGAUUGGAGGUGCAGAUAUUUAUGUGCAAUGGUUAAGAGAAGAUGAUAUCUUGGAGGAGUAAGAACUAUAGUAUAAGCCAUUGACCAUUUCUGGUCCAUAAUUUCCCUAGGUCUAAUUCUUCACAGGGUUUUCUGCAUUCUCUAUAUUUGCAGGACUUGCUGUAGUGGCAUGCUAAUUUUACUCUGAACUACUGUAGUGCUGGCAUGCAGAAAUGCUCAAAAGUUUCAGUAGCCAAUCAGCACAGAGCCUUUUUGCACGAUCGCAGUAGCCAAUGGAAGCAGAGUGUCAUGCAUUCACUGUUUUGUUUAUUUCUAUUUUGGUCUUUAUUUGGAUGUUCUUCCCCUAUACCCAGGGUUACAGAGCCAUAAUAUCCUAAAUACUGAUUUGACCUCUCUGUAUUUCCCCAUUUAUGAAGAACAUUAAGCCUAUAUUUUAACUAAUAGGAAUGUUUUGCAUACAUCAGAUGUAAGGAGAUGGCGGCCUGAAAGUGAAUGGUGACUAACAUGCGAUAUGUUUUGCGAUAGCUUCAAAAGAACUGGAACAUGUUAGUCAUCCAUUUGGGAAUCAGACUAUUCUCGCUGUAUAUUUCAUGUUUUAGAUAUAUUCAAAUGCAUGUUCAAGAGCUGUUAACGAAAUGGAAAGACAUGGAAAAACAUUUGGUUUCAGUAUUUUUCUGAAUAAGAACUGGUUGUCAGUUCCAGAUCCUACUAACAUGCUAUGAAAUUGAAUGUUGACAGAGACUAACAUACAGCCUAAGAUCUGCUUUUUGUGUUCCAUGGUAGAGAGAAUUUCAGACAGGUUUGGAACAACAUGAGGGUGAGUAAAUGAUGACAGAUGUUCAUUCUUGAAAAUAAUGUUACUAUGCAAAGAAAUCUUAAUUAUCCUAAAACGGGCUUAAUUUUCUUCAUAUAAAAUGUAUUUCCCCCCUUUUUUUAGGUGUUCUUGUGUUUUUUUUACAAAGAGUAGCCUACUCACAGGAGUUUGGUUUGAUGCUCAUAUCACCUAAAAAUUUCUGUGACAUAUUUCCUUGCUGUGGUUUGUUUUUAGGUAUUGGGUUCUGGUUGUGGUCUUGAUACCGCAAAAAUGUGUGGCGGCUACUGUAAGUUGAGAUUAAUUCUUCAUUCUUCUUUCUGUGGAUCAAUAUGUCUGUAGAAAAUAUCUCUGUCCUGUUGAGGUUUACGAGACUCUUUAGUGUGUGCCUGAGAAAUAGUAAAGAUUUUGUGUGUUGUAGCAGGUACACUGGAGGUUUAUAUGUGAUUUAAAAAAAAAUACUGGAAAUUAAAUUUAGAUAAUUCAACUUCAGACAACAAGAUACAAGGUACAAGAUAUGUUUAUUUAUUUAUUUUUGUGUGAAGGCUUAUCUGAAAAUCAUGCAAGAUCACGUUACUUUCAUUGGUAAAUAUGAAAGAAAAAACAAUGUCUUUUCUGUUUUAUUUUGAUAUUUCUCCUCAUUCUUUGUGUAAUGAAAAAUGCCAAAUUAUGUUUCAUUGUCAUCAGAUAAACCGCUCAAGAAAAUAAUUCUGUUUCAUAAGGAAAGUUAUUUGAAUGUUAUCAGGAUGUUGACAUUUGUGUUUUACUUGACUCAUUUCUUGGUAUUACAAAUCAGAGUUCUGCAAUUAAUUACCUGACAUGUUGCAUGUACAGAUCACAGAUUCUGAUUUCUUUCCUCUUACAGAAAUUGCAGUUGUGCGUUUGUAACAGCACAACAGAGAUGGAACACAAGCAGUGUUUAAGGGAUAGUUCACCCAAAAAUGAAAAUUCUAUCAUCAUUUAGGCCUACUCACACUCAAGAGAUGUGUAUGACUUUCUUUCUUCUGCUGAACACAAACCAAGAUUUUUAGAAGAAUAUCUCAACUUUGUAGGUCAAUGCAAUGCAAGUGAAUAGUGGCCUGAACUUUGAAGGGCCAAACAGCAUAUAAAGCCAGAGUAAAAGUUAUCCAUACAAAUCCAUCCAACAGUGGUUAAAUCCAUCUCUUCUGAAGCAAUAUGAUAGGUGUGGGUGAGAAAAUUGUAAAUAUUAAAGUAUUUUAUUCUAUAAAUUCUCCCCCCUUCCAGUAGGUGGCAAUAUGCAGGAAGAAUGCAAAUCGCAGAAUACAAAAGAGUAGGUGGAAGUGAAAGUGGAGAUUUAUAGUAAAAAAGGACUUAAAUAUUGAUGUUUCUAACCAACACCUAUCAUAUUGCUUCUAAAGAAUUAUAUUUAACCACUGGAAUCUUAUGAAUUACUUUUAUGCUGCUUUGAUAUGCUUUUUGGACCAUCACAUAUCUGUCCACCGUUCACUUGCAUUCAACAGAAGAAAGAAAGUCAUACACAUCUGGGAUGGAAUGAGGGUAAGUAAAUGAUGAGAGAAUACUAUUUUUUUGGUGAACCAUACCUCUAAUUCAAGCAGUAUUAUAGUUUUACUGUGUGCGUUUUAUCCUUCAGUGGCUUCAUAGUUGAGAUUUAAGCAUUUCAUUUUUUAUAUGCGAUUGGUGUGGAAACAUCUGGAUUUGACCAGUUUCCACUCUGCUUUGCGAUAUUAAUAAACCUAUAUGCUGUAUAAAAGAGGUAGAUUUGAUCGUAGUGUAAACUGUGAACUUGCCCUUUUCAGAACCAAUAAGAAGGUCAAUACGCCGUUUUCAGUAUUUACGUAGCAUUUAAAAGCAUUCGGUAAUCGUAUUGCAAACGUUCCUUGCUGGACUUGAGGGGUCAGUAGAAGUCAAUAUAGUUUGGGUAAAGUGUCCUUAAUGUCUUUCUUAUCACUGCCGCUCCCAUUUUCCCUGCCCAUCUGCAUUGUCUUGUGUAACACAGGUUCAGUACCUCUUUUCUAAGUGCAAUUUUGUCCCAUAAAGUGUAGCUAAAACACAAACAUUUUGGUGUAUGGCUCCAAACUUCUAAUGACCCAUUUUAUGGUUCUUUGAUCUGCAGUUUAAACCAAUUUUGGUGACACUAUUGUAGCCAAUGCUCAGGACCAUUGCAUAAAUUCUGUUUUUCCCCAUUGUUUUAUCUAUUAAUUUCUCAUCAUUCUUUUUCAAUUUCAAUCAAUACAUUCCUUGCCAGUGACUUUAUGAUUAUGCCUUAACUGCUUAAGGUAUACUGUAUAUGUUUGAUUUUCUUAAACUUUAGCAGAGAGUUCUGUGCAGUUUGUUUUAUUUUUGAAUGUGUGUUAACCAGAAUUGAUUCAUAUCGUAGAACUAAAACUGUGUUCUUCCUAUUUCAUACCAGUACCACAGUAAAACAAUGACUAGAAUUUCACUGAAACUUUCCAUUCCUGGGAUAGAAGUUUUUUUAUUAGUUUUUUCUUCACUGAAAUUUCUGUAUCAUGCAAUGGCAUGUUGGUAAAAUACAAUGAGAAAUUGAUCCAAAAUAAAUUACAGCCUUUUACUAUGCAAAAUGUACAGUUCUGCAUGCUAAUGCUUUACCUCCGUCUGCAACUUAAUUGCUUCAAAUGGAGUUCAGAUGGAAUUUUUGUAUUUGUGCAGGACAGUUUUUGAGAGAAAUGCAAACCUGCAUGCAUAAUAUUCCACUUUGCAUCAUCCGAUUUCAGAAACACUAUAUGUUUUUUGGUAAAUAGAUGCGUAAAUAGUAAUGUAGGUAUGUUGUUUUCAUUUGUAAAAUAAAUUUG